UUGAAAAAGAUGAAAAUAUAAAAAGUUUAAGUGAGAAUAUUAAAAAUAACACAGAAGAUCAGAAAAUACUUGAGAUGAAAUUAGAGAAGAGUAAAUCUGAAAUAAUAAGGCAUGAAAAUGAUAUUCAGUUAUGUCGUUCAGAAAUCAAUAAAUUAAAUAGGACAUCAGAGAACAUUAAAGAAGAACAGAAAAAUAUUGAAUUGAAAUUUAAAGAGAGUGAAACUAAGCUAAUAGAUAAAGUAAAGGAUAAAUCCACCAACUUAGAAAAUUGUCAAGUUCAAUUAAAAUCUCUUAAUUCUAGAUUAAUUGAAAAAGAUGAAAAUAUAAAGAGAUUGAGUGAGAAUAAUAAAAGUAGCAACGAACAUCAGAAAACACUUGAGUCGCAAUUAGAGAAGAGUAAAUCUAUAUUAAUAAAGCAUGAAAAUGAUAUUCAGUUAUGUCGUUCAGAAAUCAACAAACUAAAUACGACAUCAGAGAACAUUAGAGAAGAACAGAAAAAGAUUCAAUUGACAUUAAAAGAAAGUGAAACUAAGCUAAUAGAUAAAGUAAAGCAAAAUCAGUUAUGUCAAUCUGCCCUUCAUAAAUUAAGUCCAACAACAUGCCCCCCUUUCGGAAAUUAUUCAGGAGUUCAUCAACUCAAUGUCUCUGGCAUAGGUUUAUUCAAUGUUUUGUGUGAUAGUCAGUUAGCUGGACCUGGAUGGAUUGUAAUACAACAACGAGUUAGGGGAAAUGAGAGUUUCAAUAGGGAUUGGGCAACGUAUCGCAAAGGUUUCGGUUCUUUUGAAAGUGAUUUCUUUCUUGGCUUAGAGAAAAUACAUCGUAUCACGAGCUUGCAACGUUUCGAACUUUAUAUACAUUUGGAUGCUAUGCAUGGAAGUACCUACAACGCUCGUUAUGACGACUUCAAAAUAUCUAAUGAAGAGAAUGGAUAUGCACUGAGUUUGGGUAAAUUCGAUGGAACUAUUAAGGAUGGCAUGAGAGACAAUGAAAACAUGAAAUUCUCAACAUUCGAUCACAACAACGACAAACGUGAUUAUUAUAAUUGCGCAGUCUUGUAUGAAAGUGGCUGGUGGUACAAUUAUUGUUUUUCUAGUUAUUUAAAUGCACCAUAUGGACCAUAUCUACGAUGGAUGGAAUAUUGGUACAAGGAUAUAAAACUUAAAGAAGUUAAGAUGCUAAUUCGCCACAAAGAAACGAUGAAGAAGUGAUAAACUGAAAAGCUGAAAUUCCCAUAUUUGACUCAAUUAUGUCAUCAUUUAUAUAUAAUUGGUGCAUUAAGAAAUUGCGUUCUGAAAAAUAAAACGAUCGACUAUUUAAUGCAGCGAUUUAUUUUAUGAAUGGAAA